GAUAUCAACCAUCUUUCUGCGGAAUUUGAUAUGUAGUAAGCACUAUUUCCGGUGCACAUGGUUAUAUCUUAAUUAUAUUAGUUGAUAUCUACUUGUAUAUUAUAUAUUUUACUACAGUGAAUGGAAUAUACAAAGUGUAAAAUAUGACACAACUUUAUGUUUUAUAUGAGCAUGCAGCUGGCUAUGCCGUAUUCGGUGUUAAAGAGUUCGAAGAAGUAGGAAUGUUAUUACCUCAAGUUGAAGCAUCAGUAACAGAUUUAUCAAGAUUCAAUACUGUGGUAAAACUUAUUGGAUUUUCACCUUUUAAAACUGCUUUAGCAGCAUUAGAGAAUGUGAACAGUAUCUCAGAAGGCAUUGUACCGGAAGACCUACAAUUGUUUUUGGAUUCUAUUUUACCUAAACCUGACCAGAAAAAGAAAAUUAUUCUUGGUGUAUCAGAUCCUAAAUUAGGUGCCAGUAUCACAGAGAUAUUGGAUAUAAAAUGUGACCAUACAGGUGCUAUACCUGAAGUUAUCAGAGGAGUAAGAUUUCAUUUUCAUAAUUUAGUUAAAGGUUUCACUGCCAAAAGUUCUGCAGUAGCUCAGCUUGGACUUGGUCAUAGUUAUUCAAGAGCAAAAGUUAAAUUUAAUGUUAAUCGUGUGGAUAAUAUGAUUAUACAAGGUAUAGCUUUACUGGAUCAACUGGACAAAGACAUAAAUACAUUUAGUAUGCGUAUACGUGAAUGGUAUAGUUAUCAUUUCCCAGAAUUAGUAAAGAUUGUUCCUGAAAAUUAUAUGUAUGCCAAAGUGACACAACUAAUUAAAAAUAGAAAAGAAUUAACAGAAGAAAAGUUAGAAGCAUUGGAAGAAAUUGUUAUGGACAGUGCAAAAGCUCAAGCAAUUAUAGAUGCUUCUAAAUCAUCUAUGGGCAUGGACAUCAGUCCUGUGGAUCUUCUUAAUAUUGAGAUGUUUGCUAGACGUGUAAUAGGAUUGGCAGAUUAUCGAAAACAAUUGGCUGAGUAUUUAAAAUCUAAAAUGGCUGGUAUUGCACCGAAUUUAGCUACUCUUAUAGGAGAUCAAGUAGGAGCUAGAUUAAUAGCUCAUGCUGGAUCAUUAACCAAUUUAGCAAAGUAUCCUGCAUCUACAGUUCAGAUAUUAGGAGCAGAAAAAGCAUUAUUUAGAGCAUUAAAGACAAAAGGUAAUACACCUAAAUAUGGAUUACUAUUCCAUUCUACAUUUAUUGGUCGUGCUGGUACUAAAAACAAAGGAAGAAUCUCCAGAUAUUUGGCCAAUAAAUGCUCUAUUGCAUCAAGAAUAGAUUGUUUUGCUGAAACACCAACAAAUAUCUUUGGUGAAAAAUUACGACAACAAGUGGAAGAUCGUUUGAAGUUCUAUGAAACAGGUGAAAUACCGAAAAAGAAUAUAGACGUGAUGCAGGAGGCAUUAGAAGAAGCUCAACAUGUAAUAGCUAAUCUGGAAAUAGAAUCACAAAAGAAGAAAAAGAAGAAAAAUAAGAAAAGAAAACAAGAAGAAUUACAAAAUGGUAAUACUACUACUAAUGGUAUUCAUGAGAAUGGAGAAAAAGAAGAACUUGUUCAAGAGAAUGAAGAAUCUUUAAAAAAGAAAAAGAAAAAGAAAAAGUCCAAAAGUAUAGGUGAUAGUAUGGAAAUAUCAUAAAUAAUAUUAAAUUUUACUAUUUGUAUUAUUGCUAUAUCUAUAUUAUCUCACACACAUUAAAAGAAGUGGCAUAUUCAACUUACAAAAUUUUAUAAAGUUUCAACGAUGUUUUCUACAUACAUAUUUUCUUCAGAAACAAAGUUGAUAGAAUUAUCCUAUAUAUGACAAGAAUUAAAUCUUCUAAACUUAUACGAAGUGUGUUGUCUGAAUUUAUCAUCUAAAAUAUUUCUGUUGUAAUAAAAAUAACAAAAACAUAUUUUCUACAAAAAUUCAAGUUUUAUGGAGGCAGUGUAUAGUAAAGAUGGUUUCAUUCCAAAAGAUAAAAAAAUCAACUUUGUUUUUUAAAUGGAAUGUUAUAUCUUAUUUAUUUAUAAGUAAUAGCUGUUUUAAAGAAAAAUUUAACGAUCUAUAACACUAACUUUGAAUUGUUAAACGUAAUAAAACAUAUCUUUGACUCUUACAAUAUGUUAAUAAAUAAGUAAACGUUCUCAAGAGUCGAGGAUGUAUAAAUAAAUAACAUUUUAUUUAAAAAGAAAAGACAAAGUUGAUCUUUUUACCUCAUGAACUUUUUGCAACAGAAUAAAAUUAUUUUUACUUUACACCACUACUCAUAAAAUUGUGCAAGAAUUUUAAAAUUAUGUAGGAAAUGUUUUUUCUAAAUAAGUUUUGCUCUUCUAAUAUUUUCUGUUUUAUUUUAUUGAAAAAUGCUAUACUAUUAGAUUCAUAUUUAUAUCGUAUUUUGGGGUCAACCACCACUUAUCUUUAAUAAUAUGUGUUGUGAAUUUCUCCAUUAGGAAAUUUGUUAUAUAGAUCAUUAUAAUUUUAUUUUUUUUCCCCAAAAUUCAAAAUUAUAAUUGAUGAAUAAAAACAGAACUUUUUUUUUUAUAUAUAUUAUAUGUAAUAUUCUGUAAAAUUUUUUUAUUUAUAUGCUUACCUUAUUUCAUUAAGAAUCCUAUAGUUUAUAAAAGAAAGCGCUAAGUAUAAUAUGAUGUAUAAAAAUUAUCUAUUUUAAAUAUAUUUUAUAUUAUAUCAUGAUUUAAAUCUAUAUAUAUAUAUAUAUAUAUAUAUAUAUAUAUAUAUAUAUAUAUACACACACACACACAGACACUACAUAUGACAAAAAAUACAUAUGUGUAUAAAAAAAUAUGAAUAGAACCUAGUACUGAUAAAUAUAAUUCGUUUCCAUAUCUGUUUUUAUCAAUAACUACAUAAUUUUUACAUUACACUACAAUUUUCUACAAAUUAUGAAAUAUACUUUUUUUUAGUCAAAUUA